UGCUCAUUCCCACACACACACAGACAGAGAGAAAGAGAUACAUCAUCAUCAUCAUACAUCUCUUCUUCUUCUUCGCUUUUUCUUCUCUCUUUCUCCUUUGCCAAGUGUGUUUCUUGCUUUCAAGCCAUACCCGAAGCGUCUUUUUAGUAGGAUAUACGCUUUGUCUUUCUUAAUCCAUCCACUGAUAAGUGAUUCUUGACUGAGGCAUUGAUACGUUACAGUGUUUAGUCCUUAGAUGGAACAAUGGGUGGCUACUCAAGACAAGAAGUUCCAUCUUUAGUUUGAUUUAAGGGAUUUGGAUCUGCGCUUUGAGUUCGAAUAUUUCAUCAUCUUUGUUGUGGAUUUGGAAGUUUUUGAACUGAAUGGCGUCUGAGGACUUGAGUGUUGGUGCGGAAUCAAAGAAAGGAGAAGAGAAUGUUCAUGUUGAUAAUUCCAAUGAUAUGAACAGACCUGAGAGUCUUGACUUAUCUACUGUGACAACUGAUAAUGUCAAUGAGAAUGUUCCAAAAGAUGAAGCUUCUAAGAUGGUUAAGGAAGCUGAUCUCCCUGAGCCUGCUACUUCAGUGAAGAGUAAAACAGCUAAGGAUAACAAAACUGUUAAGAGAAAGUCAGGGACCUUUUCUCGGAGCCCCAGAUUCCUUUCUCAGAGUUCUUCAUUUCCAACUAAAGGACCUCAUGCUGAUAUCACUAGAAAGAGCAUUGAUGCAACAACAUCAAAGCCUAGUCUUAAACCCGUCGUUGCAAGUGGAUCCAAACCAAAGGCCACUCCAUCUUCAAGCAGCAAUGUUUCCACUAAGCGCACCAGUUUAGUAUCUGCUCCUCUCAAAAAGCAAACUAUGCCUGUGAAAUCCAUCUCUAAGGUUGCAGCUCAAAGCCCUACUUCCAAAUUGGGAGAUGAAGGUUCUAAAUCCAUUAAUGUUGAAACAGUAGGCAAGGACAAUGAGGAAGCCAGAACAACCACUGAUGUGGUUGCUGAGAAAGUAUCCAAAUCUCCGAAAGCUGAAAUGACAAGCAAGGAUGAUGAUGACACCCGUUCAACUACCACUUCAACUUCUACACCUCGUGGGCGGAGAAGUAGCGUUGGGUCGGCAUCUGGAUUCUCGUUCAGGUUGGAGGAACGGGCUGAGAAACGGAAGGAGUUUUAUAUGAAACUAGAAGAGAAGAUCCAAGCAAAGGAAGUUGAGAAGACUAAUUUGCAGGCGAAAUCACAGGAGAGUCAGGAAGAAGAGAUCAAAAGGUUGAGGAAGAGUUUGACAUUCAAGGCUGGUCCUAUGCCUAGUUUCUACAAAGAACCUCCACCUAAGGUUGAAUUGAAGAAGAUACCAACUACUCGUCCUAAAUCUCCUAAGCUAGGACGCAGGAAGAGUAGCAGCGAUGCAACAGGAGUUGAAGCUGCUCCUCGUGUGACAAAACCAAAAGACUCAUCAUCAUCAUCAUCUACACUGAAGAAACCCAUAACAAAAUCUCAGCCGAAGCUUGUAACUCAAGAGAAGUCAGUGAAGGCUAAAGAAAAGAAAAAGGAAGGGAAGAAAGAAGAAGCAGAGAAGAGAGGAGAUGAAGAGAAAGCUACUGCUGUGGCUGCAGAACCAGAAGAGAAGAAACCGAACUCCAACAACGUCCAAGUGAAGGCCGAGAUAAUGGGAAGCGAGGUUGCAGUGGGAGGUUGAUCAGUGAAGCAAAGAGAGCGUUUGGCAGAGAUAUCUAAUGUCUGCUUCUUCUUUUUCUUAAAGCAUUAAUGUGAAUAGAGUUGUUGCCUCGAGUUUUUUUCUUACUUUAAAAGUUUACUUCAUUCGUUCAGUUUUUUUUUUCUUUUUUUUUGGGAAAUUAAAAGCCUCAAUUGCUUCUUAAGAUGGGUCUCUAAUGUGUUACACUCAAAAAUGUAAUACAUAUCUAUUAUGAGGAUGAUAUGUGUGUAUUUGAAGAGAAGAACAGUGGUGAGUUGUGCAAAUAGAAAUGUCAAAGGA